AAUAUCGAGACGUCCCUUCCAUUCUUCAGUUCUCCUGUACCAAUCAAUAUCCUCUAAUUCUAAAGCUAAGAGUUUUAAGUUAACGAAGCAUUUGGGUCGUUUCGAAGUAAUGGAAACUUCAGGAAAAGUAAAGAAGGGAGCCGGAGGAAGGAAAGGUGGUGGCCCGAAGAAGAAGCCCGUUUCAAGGUCUGUCAAAGCUGGUCUCCAGUUCCCCGUUGGUAGGAUCGGCCGUUACUUGAAGAAAGGAAGGUAUUCGCAGCGGGUCGGAACCGGAGCCCCGGUUUACUUGGCUGCUGUUCUUGAGUACUUGGCCGCUGAGGUUCUGGAAUUGGCUGGGAACGCUGCACGUGACAACAAGAAAAACAGGAUCAUCCCAAGGCACGUUCUACUCGCCGUGAGGAACGACGAAGAAUUAGGGAAGCUUCUCGCCGGCGUAACAAUCGCUCACGGUGGUGUGUUGCCGAACAUCAACCCAGUUCUUUUGCCGAAGAAGACUGAAAAGGCCGCCGGCAAAGAACCCAAAUCUCCAUCAAAGGCCACCAAGUCUCCUAAGAAAGCUUAAUUUGUUUUAACAAAACUAGAUUCACAGGGCUUUAUUUUUCUUAGUUGUAUGUCCUUUUGGGUGAUUGUUUUCACAGUGUAGGGGAAGACUGCCUUAAGCAAUAUGGAAGCAUUGUUAGAAUCUCAUUAUGAUGUAUGUUACUUUAAUGGAAAUGAAACAUCUAGUUUCUUUGAAAAGCAUAA